UUUCAGGUGAUCAAUUGUUCCAAAUAGAAUGUUGACCUUAUGCUGUUUAGAUGACACCAGAUGAUAAUGCCCUUAUUACUUUAAAGAAAGGCAGCAAGCUUAUCAAAUAUAGCCGGAAGGGAAAACCCAAGAUUCGUGAGUUCAGACUUUCUAGUGACGAAGCAACAUUAGUUUGGUACUCCCACAACAAGGAAAAGUGCCUCAGACUGUCAUCUGUGUCUAAAGUUAUACCUGGACAGAGAACUGCUGUUUUUAGGAGAUUUUUACGCCCUGAGAAGGAUUAUCUAUCAUUUUCUCUUAUAUACAAGAACGGCCAACGUUCCCUUGAUCUGGUUUGCAAGGAUCAAGCUGAAGUAGAAGUGUGGUUUUCGACACUUGAGACACUUAUUACUUCAUGCCGUCUAAAUUUUCUGACUGAUGGUCAAGGUGAUAGAGUAUCAUUUUCUGAAGACGUAUCAAUUUAUCAAGACAGCAUUUCCUAUGAUACAACGCUAGAUAUCGCCUCAAGUAUCACACGUAGUUUUAACUCAGUUGGUUAUAGUACACCCAAUUCAUUGAAUAUUAGAGCAGAUGUUGGAUCAGACCGUUCGAAUAUGCUAAGAGCAAGUACAGGAGACAGUAGCCGAGUUAGUAUUUCCAGUGCCCCUAGUUCUUCCAGUCAAGGUUCUGGACUAGAUGACAUCGAAUCGCUCGGCGAUGUUUAUGUAUGGGGUGAGGUGUGGGCUGAUGUGCUACUCUCUGAAGGAUCCUCCACUUAUUUGUGCAGCAAAACAGAUGUUCUAAUUCCUAAACCUCUAGAAUCAGAUGUUGUUUUGGAUGUGCAGCAGAUAGCAUGUGGUUCUAGGCACAUUGGUCUUACUACUCGGCAAGGAGAAGUAUUCACAUGGGGUGAAGAAAUUGGUGGACGGCUAGGCCAUGGAACAGAUUCAGAUAUCAGUCGUCCCAAACUUGUAGAAUCCUUAGCAGUGUCCAAUGUGGAGUACAUUGCAUGUGGGGAGUUUCAUACUUGUGUUGUAACUGCAUCUGGUGAUCUGUACAAUUGGGGUGAUGGAUCAUACAAUGCUGGAUUACUCGGACACGGAACCGGAGUAAGCCAUUGGCUUCCAAAACGAGUUUCAGGACCUCUAGAAGGGCUUCAAGUGCUCUCUGUUGCAUGUGGCUCAUGGCAUUCAGCAUUGGCCAUGUCAAGUGGAAAGCUUUUCACAUUUGGUGAUGGCACAUUUGGUGCUCUUGGUCAUGGAAACCGUGAAAGCAUUGCGUAUCCGAAGGAGGUAGAAGCUUUGGGUGUAUUCAGAACUAUGAAAGUUGCAUGUGGAGUAUGGCAUUCUGCAGCAAUUGUGGAGACCAGUGGUCAGACAAAUGCAAAUGUGGUGUCAAGGAAGCUGUUUACAUGGGGUGAUGGAGACAAGAAUUGCCUAGGCCAUGGCGACAAAGAAGCGAAGCUAAUUCCUACCUGUGUUCAGGCACUUGUUGACCAUAAUUUCCAUCAGGUGGCCUGUGGACAUACCAUGACUGUUGGUCUUGCCACAUCUGGCCAUGUUUUCACAAUGGGUAGCUCUAGCAAUGGCCAGCUUGGGAAUCCAAAAGCUGAUGGUAAACAACCAUGUAUGGUUCAAGAUAAGCUGGGCAGUGAGUUGGUUGAAGAAAUCUCAUGUGGCUCUAACCAUGUAGCAGCCUUGACUUCAAGAAGUGAAGUAUAUACAUGGGGUAUGGGAGCCAAUGGAAGGUUGGGACAUGGUAGUGUUGAAGACAAAAAGAAGCCAACUCUUGUCGAUGCACUGAAAGAUCGGCAUGUCAAAAGCAUUUCAUGUGGCUCAAAUUUCACUACCUGCAUUUGCAUACAUAAGUGGGUCUCAGGUGCAGACCAGUCUGUUUGCUCUGGAUGCAGGCAGCCAUUUGGUUUCACAAGAAAGAGGCACAAUUGCUACAACUGUGGACUUGUCCAUUGUCAUGCAUGCAGCUCAAGAAAAGUGUUAAAGGCUGCUUUGGCACCAACUCCUGGCAAGCCACACCGUGUAUGUGAUUCAUGUUUCAUGAAACUGAAAGCUGCGGAUACCGGCGUUAGCGGUUCAUAUAACAAAAGGAAUGUCAUUACCAGGCGAUCCAUUGAUAUCAAAGAUAAGUCAGAGAGGCCAGAAAUGAGGCCUUCCAGACUUGCAACGACAGCUCCAGCAGAGCCAGUCAAGUAUCAAGAGACUAAAAUUGUUAGAGCUGAGACAAAACCAGCUGAUCCUAUGUCCAUGAUGAAGGCAUCCCAAGUUCCUGCCAUGUUACAGUUCAAUAAUCUUGGUUUUGCAGGAACAUUUGGUUCAAUGCCAGCUGCUAUAAAGCCUACUACAGUGGCACCUCCAAUGCAAAUGGGUGUACCAAUAUUGUCACCAUCGCAACCGAUAAGGAAGCCAACUCCAACUCCAGCAACCAUAAAUCCUCUCGCUGCUAAAGUGGACAAUGAUCUGAAGAAGACUAACGAGAUGCUGAAUCAAGACAUCUCCAAGUUGCAAUCUCAGGUUAAUAAGUUGAAACUGAAAUGUGAAACUCAGGACGAGCAACUACAGAAAGUAGAACGAAAGGCUAAACAGGCUGCCUCUAUGGCUUCAGAAGAAUCUGCUAGGCGCAACGCUGUGUUGGAGUUUGUGAAGCAUAUUGAUAGUGAGCUCAAGGUUAUUGCAGAUAGGAUGCCCAGUGAUACUGCAGACAGCAUAAAAGCCUUGCAAAGUCAUUCAGAGAAAUUUCUUGCAGGACAAACUAGUCAUCUAGUGGAGAUCUCCGGUCUUACUGGACAUGAUAUUGGACACCAGAGAUCAACUAGCAUGGGUAACCUGGCCAUGUCUCAAGAUGGCAGUUCUGGGAAUGCUAGUGGCUCUGCCAUCGCCAUGGCUAGUGAAUCCCCAUGCCAUCGUAUCAUGGAAAACAACUUGAAGGCUCCAGGUGACUUCGCGCCAAAGUAUGGUACUCAUGGAGAAGUGCAGCUGAUCGAGCAGUUUGAGCCAGGAGUGUAUGUGACGCUUAUCCAGCUGAGAGAUGGCACCAAAGUAUUCAAGCGUGUCAGGUUCAGCAAGAGGAGAUUUGCUGAGCAGCAGGCCGAGGAAUGGUGGAGGGAGAACCAAGAGAGAGUGUUCAAGAAAUACAACCAUCCAAGCAAUUAACUAGGUUCCAAAGAAUGCCGUCAGUGAACACAGCGUCUUCAACCUUCUUGGGACAUUAGUUUGAUUUUCUAAAUGAGAUAUGGUUAGCUAUAUCUUAUAUUUCUCUUCUUCCUAUCGAAUUAUGAUGAUGUACAUCCUGAAGAUAUUGAUGAGUGUCCAUUCUUUUGAUGUCCACUUUUUUUUUAAUACCUUAUAUGCCACACACGUGUUCAGAUAGUAUAGGAGAAGUAACUAGGUCAUCAACCCUGACCAUUGUUAUGUUUGUCACGACGAUGUUAAGCACGCGGCGUUUAAAACAAGUUAUGAGAUUAGUUGUCUCUGCAAAUGAUUGAUUUUUAUGG